GUACUGGAGGGCUACGGGUGCACGGAAACCUGUGGGCCACUUUCCAUAUCCGUGGCCGGUGACCUCAAGGGUGGGCAUGUCGGUGCUCCCUUGCCGUCAGUGGAGAUAAAGCUUGCCGACGUUCCGGAAAUGAACCUUGUUGCAUCCCGUGACAAAAAAGGCGAGAUCUGUGUACGUGGGCGUUCUUGUAUUACUGCGUACUUCAAAGCUCCAGAGAAAACGGCGGACCUCAUUGACAAGGACGGCUGGCUUCACACAGGAGAUAUCGGAAUUUGGACAACCGGCAGCCUCAAAAUUGUCGACAGAUGCAAACACAUCUUCAAACUCUCCCAAGGCGAAUAUGUUGCCCCAGAGAAGGUAGAAAUGGUCUACCGAGAAAGCCGCUAUGUCGCCCAGGUCUUUGUCGACGGUGACACAAUGAACUCCUACCCCGUAGCCAUUGUUGUGCCAGAGCAGGAAAUCCUUGAGGAGGCUCUGGUAACGGCCGCCAAGGCGAACGCCUCGCCGAAGAAAAUAGCCAAU